AUGACGAUAAUUAUGAUACCGAUUCGCAUUCCGAUAAUAUUGAAUGGUCGCCUAUGUGACUUCAUCUUGGUUCUCCUCUUGCAGCCACCGGACAGUCGAGUGAUGGACAUGGCGAUGUACAGAUUGCCAAGGCGGGCGAUGGCCAAGAAGAAGACGAAGAUUCUGUGGCCGGUUCUACUUGUGGUACUUGUCGGAUUGCAGUUUGUAAGCACUUUGGAGCAGAGCACGGACUACUCAGUGGUCAGCAAGGCGGCCGGAGUGGCCACCACCACGUCAGCACCACCCACAGUGGUGGCUCCGCUGCGCAUUUUUAAGGGACGCAUCCAAACCACAACUCCAUCAUCGAGAAGUUCGACUGGCAGUCGUCCUUUGGCCGCAGGAGCGGAAGCCCAGCAGGAGCUGGUUGGCAUCUCCUCCAAGUCAUACAUUUCAGGACCCACCACGCAGUCCUCCAAGUUAUCGAAAAGGGCAGGAUUGGCGGGUCCUAAAAAGUUUCCCAAGGAUGUGCGCAAUCGCAGCAGCAAUGCCGUGGAGCGGAAUAAGUUGCAGCAUGAGGUGCCCGACCACGUGCCCGACUCCUCUGGCUUUGUACCCCAUCGCAUUGGGCAUCCCGUACAUUUGGAUUAUGGUUCCACUGGCGUGGAUUCAAGUGGAGCUCCCACUGGCAGUGGAGGAUACCAUGCAGUGCCCUACGAGGGCAGCAAGUGGCAGGAGGAGUAUUGGGAUCAGGAAUAUGCAGGACAUCAGCAUCAGCAUAAUGGCACCAGAGUGCAGCAUAUUGAAGCCGAGUGCCAGGAUGACUACAUGAAGAUACGCAUAGGGUUUAAUGGCUCCUUUAGUGGCUUGCUGUACUCAGCUGGUUAUGCUUAUGAUCCGGACUGUAUGUAUAUCAAUGGAUCUGGUCGAGAUUACUAUGAGUUUUAUAUACAAUUGAAUCGGUGUGGAACUUUGGGCAAGAAUUCCUUACAAGAGGAGAGUCGCAAGAAUCCCACAAACUUUAUGUGGAAUACGGUGACAGUUCAGUAUAAUCCACUGAUAGAAGAGGAGUACGAUGAGCACUUCAAGGUCACCUGCGAGUAUGGCUAUGAUUUCUGGAAGACUGUGACCUUUCCGUUUCUAGAUGUGGAAGUGGCCACUGGCAAUCCCGUGGUAUUCACUUUGAGUCCACCCGAGUGCUAUAUGGAGAUUCAGAAUGGUUAUGGCAUUGGUGGUCCCCGGGUGACCGGACCAGUGCGCGUCGGCGAUCCCCUGACUCUGAUCAUCUAUAUGAGAAGCAAAUAUGAUGGCUUCGAUAUUGUGGUCAACGACUGCUACGCCCACAAUGGCGCCAACAAGCGGAUACAGCUCAUCGAUCAGCAUGGCUGUCCGGUGGAUGACAAGCUCAUCUCACGCUUCAGAGGCUCCUGGUCGGAUUCCGGUGUCUAUGAGACGCAGGUGUACGCCUACAUGAAGACCUUCCGCUUCACUGGAUCGCCGGCGCUCUACAUCGAGUGCGAUGUGCGCAUGUGUCAUGGCAGGUGUCCGAGUCAGCCGUGUCACUGGAGAAAUCUGAAGGCAGUGACCAAGCGGGAUACCUCCAAUAUGACAGCCACGAAUCUCUCAUUGCCACCUUUGUCCACUGUGGACAGUGAAGGCAUCACCACAGAGAAUCCACCAUCCGCACCAUCGCUCUCGGAGAAUGUUAAUCUCUUCCAGUCGCUGCGUGUCCUGCAGGAGGGCGAGACAGAUGGGGAUGAUGUGUUUGCCCAUCGGCAGACGAAGCCUUUGGCUCCGCACCAGACUUGCCUGAAGACAUCCACUUUCUCGGCCCUAACUGCUGGCUGCUCGGCGGUGCUGUGUGUGCUCACUGUAACACUCUUCAUUGCCUGCUCGCGGUUAAAACGCCGCAAGGAAUCCUCACUGUACGACUCCUACAUAGCGCACAAGGGUCAAAUCGAUUGA